UGUAACAGAUGCUGCAAUGUACAACAACUCUGGGGCCCUGCCCACCUCACCUGUGGCACCCACAACCUAUGAUCCAAUGCUUAAAGUCGAUGACAGCAAUACCCGGAUCCUGAUUGGCUGCUUGGUAGCCAUCAUCUUCAUCCUCCUGGCCAUCAUUGUCAUCAUCCUCUGGAGACAGUUCUGGCAGAAAAUGCUGGAGAAGGCUUCCCGGAGGAUGCUGGAUGAUGAAAUGACAGUCAGCCUUUCUCUGCCCAGUGAGUCCAGCAUGUUCAACAACAACCGCUCCUCAUCGCCAAGUGAGCAGGAGUCCAAUUCCACUUACGAUCGCAUCUUUCCCCUUCGCCCUGACUACCAGGAGCCAUCGAGGCUGAUACGAAAACUCCCAGAGUUUGCUCCAGGGGAGGAAGAGUCAGAUCAGAUUCAGGAACUGGAAGCUCUCCUCUGUCACAGCGACAGUCCUUCCCGGCUUAUCUGGACAUCAUCUCGCAAUGCAAGGAAAUCUAAUUUCCACCUUGAGGACAUCCAGCACAGCAGAGGCCAGGAGCCCUACAGCUCCUCCAAAUACGCAAUUGACCUACUGAGCGUGGCGCUGAACCGGAACUUCAACCCACGGGGUCUGUAUUCCAGCGUGGUGUGCCCAGGCACAAUGGUGACCAGUAUGACCUGUGGAAUUCUCCCUCCCUGUAUGUGGACGGUACUGCUGCCCAUCAUAUGGCUGCUUCGCUUUUUUGCAAAUGCUUUCACUGUGACGCCGCACAACGGAACGGAAGCCCUGGUACGUUGUUGGAGUUGCAGCUGCAUGUAGGGUUGCUUAGCGGAUAUAAACUGAAGUUCACUGGAAGUGGGAAC